AUGAUAAGUGCCACAACCUCAUCACCAACAUCAAAAGACGUGAAAGAUGUCUACAGCCAUAUAUUCAAUGGCUACGACAAACGGGUUCGGCCUGUUUGGAAUCAGAGUGACGUCGUAUCUGUGACGCUGAGUUUCAAAUUAAAUUCGAUAAACGAAUUUGAUGAAAAGUCACAGAAACUUGUAUUAGCAGGUUGGUUUGAUGCAAGUUGGUCGGACGAAUCACAGACUUGGAACAAGUCGGAUUUUGGUGAUGUGUCACAUGUAUCUGUAGACGGAAGUUCGAUAUGGCUUCCACAAAUUGCCCUUAUAAACACAUUUGGGCGAGUUAACAUUCUUUCACAGUUGGCUUCAAGCGCUGUGAUUAACGCCAAUGGUGAAGUUGAAUGGUUUCCAGGGGAUAGUUUUGUCGUGACUUGUGAAGUUGAUAUCACGUAUUACCCCUUUGACACACAACACUGUUCAUUGGUUUUCGAAAUGUGGGAUGCACCUAUGUCCGAAGUGAUAUUACAAACAUCAUCAAAAGCAAUUGACGUCAAUUUAUUCGAAGAAAAUGGAGAAUGGACAUUGACAAGCUUUGAGGUUGAUAACCCGGAAUUCGACGAUGAGGUAUUUAUUUCAUCCAUAACUUAUCUCUUCCAUCUACAGCGGAGGCCUAAAUUCGUUGUCUUGACAACCAUUGCCCCAGUAGUCCUGCUGGCGUUUUUGAACGUCUGCGUGUUUCUUAUACCCUUGUCUUCGGGAGAGAAGAAUUCGUUCUGUGUGACCGUGUACCUAUCGUACGCUGUGUUUCUGGGAACAAUCAGCUCUGAACUGCCGCACAAUUCCAAAGACGCGUCGUACUUGACCAUAUAUUUACUCGCUCUGCUUGUCUUCAGUGUAACCAUCGUCCUUGUAACUGUCAUACAAGUGCGACUUUUUAUUGAAUAUGGCGACACCCCGGUACCGGCAUCAGUUGCCAAAAUGUUUGGUUGCUGUACACGUGGAAACCGUUCUAAAGUAAAGCAUUUUGACAUUAACGAUCCGGAUGAUGUGAAAGACAACAGUGUGAAACCAUUAGAAUUAAAACAAACGAACGAGAAUUGUGUUUGUGUGAAAGACAUACUGCCGAGACUUGAUGUCCACCUAUUUUGUUUGUUCCUGGUCAUAUUGUGUGUGAUGACGUCUGUUAUGGGCGGCCUGGCCUUUUCGUAUUCCCUAUGA